AAUAUAUUGAAAUGGAUAAUAAAAAUUUGCAUAUAACAAUAAGUGCUUUUGGCAAAUUUGGUAAUGUAGUAACAAAUCCAACUAGUGUUAUUGUGUCAGAGUUUACAAAAGAAUUUAAGGACAAAUAUAACAUAAUUCAUUCAGAGGUAUUAGAAGUUUCUACAGUUGCUUGUGAAUAAUAUUUAAAAAACUUGCCUAAUCAUACUUUAAAUAUUCAUUUUGGAGUUUAUGAUGGAUCUCAAGAAUUUAAUAUAGAAUAAUGCGGUUAUAACUUAAAAGAUUUUGGGAUACCUGAUAUGAAAGGAUACCUUGCACAUAAUGAAUGCAUUGAAAAGGAUUGUGAAAAAGAUUUUUGCAGAUAAACAAAAAUCAAUACAGAUUUAUUAGUUGAAUAUUUAUCAGAAAAAUUUCCAGUAGAAGAAUCUUCAGAUCCAGGUAGAUACAUAUGUAAUUACAUAUAUUAUUGUUCUUUAUUAAAAAGUUAGUAAUGUCCAAAUUCAGCAUGUUUAUUUGUUCAUUUUCCAGCAUUUCGUACAAUUUCAAAAGAAAUAUAAGUUGAUUUUGUUGAGAAUUUAUUGAAGACUCUACAUAAAUUACAUUAGAGUGGUCAUUUGUUUAAGUGA